AUGGCGGCGGGCGCGGGACUGUGCGACGUGAAGCGCGUGCUGAUGGCGGUUGGCGGCCUGUGUCGCGAGCGCGGCCUGACUCACAGCGCCCCGUCAUUCAUUCAUUCUGCAGUUCCUGAUGGUGGAAAGGUUUUUUUUCCAAAUGAAGUGUGUCCUGAUCCUUCAGUUGUCUACGGGGCUUCCGAGCUGGCCUUCUCGUUGGAUCCUCUCCCGAAGGACGAGCUGCCUCCUGUCCCUCCGUUAACUGAGGAAGACCUUGCAGAUCUGGACGCCUACACCUUGGCCAAGUCGUACUUUGAUUUGAAGGAGUAUGACCGUGCAGCGUAUUUCCUCAAGGGCUGUCAGAGCCAGAAGGCUUACUUCCUCUACAUGUACUCCAGAUAUCUGUCUGGAGAAAAGAAGAAAGACGAUGAAACCGUGGACAGUUUAGGCCCUUUGGAGAAAGGACAAGUGAAGAACGAGUCUCUGAGGGAACUGCGAGUGGAGCUGAGCAAAAAGCACAAAGCCCGGGAACUGGAUGGGUUUGGACUUUAUCUGUAUGGAGUAGUCCUACGAAAGCUUGACCUGAUCAAAGAGGCCAUUGAUGUGUUUGUGGAGGCGACCCACAGCCUGCCACUUCACUGGGGAGCCUGGCUCGAACUGUGCAACCUCAUCACUGACAAGGAGAUGCUCAAGCCCAUGGUUCUGCCCAGUACAUGGAUGAAAGAAUUCUUCCUGGCUCACAUAUACACAGAGCUGCAGUUAAUUGAAGAGGCUCUUCAGAAAUACCAAAACCUGAUUGAUGCUGGGUUUUCCAAAAGCACCUACAUCAUCUCUCAAAUAGCAGUGGCUUAUCACAACGUGAGAGACAUUGAUAGAGCUUUAACUCUUUUCAAUGAGUUACGGAUUCAAGAUCCAUAUAGAAUAGAGAACAUGGACACUUUAUCCAAUCUCCUGUAUGUUCGGAACAUGAAGCCUGAGCUGAGCUACCUGGCUCACAACCUGUGUGAGAUCGACAAGUACCGAGUGGAAACCUGCUGCGUGAUCGGGAACUACUACAGUUUACGGUCUCAACACGAGAAAGCAGCCUUGUACUUCCAACGGGCACUGAAGCUAAAUCCUCGAUACCUUGGUGCCUGGACUCUGAUGGGGCACGAGUACAUGGAAAUGAAGAACAUUUCUGCUGCUAUUCAAGCCUACAGACAUGCCAUUGAGGUGAACAAAAGAGAUUACAGGGCUUGGUACGGACUGGGGCAGACCUAUGAAAUCCUCAAGAUGCCAUUUUACUGUUUAUAUUAUUACAGACGGGCUCAUCAGCUGAGACCCAACGACUCCCGUAUGCUCAUUGCUUUGGGUGAAUGUUAUGAAAAGCUGAGCCAGCUAGCAGAAGCCAAGAAGUGUUACUGGAGGGCUUUUUCUGUUGGUGAUGUGGAGAAAAUGGCUUUGGUGAAACUAGCAAAAAUUCAUGAACAGAUGGGUGAAUCGGAUCAAGCAGCUCAGUGCUACAUCAAAUAUGUCCAAGACAUCUGUGACUGUGGGGAGAUUCUGGAGCAUCAUGAAAUGAGCACUGCAUUCCGGGCCUUAGCUCAGUAUUACUUCAAAUGUAAACGGUGGGACGAGUCAUCUGUCUGUGCGCAGAAAUGUUGCGAUUACAAUGAUACACGAGAGGAAGGGAAAGCUCUGCUCAGACAGAUUUCACAGCUACGGAACCAGGGUGAAGCUUCACCAACAACUGUACCCGCUGAGUCAAGGACAUUUGUCCCUGGUGUUAACACCCCCUCUGCAAAAGUACCCCCACUCAAUCUUUCCUCCAUCACGCCGUAGAACUACAGUGGAGGCACAACUAUCACAGUCAGCGUUUGGAAUGAAUUUACUGUUGGCAAUUGAAUCUACACUGUUCUACUUGAAAAAUAUACUUCUUCACUUCAAAAUACAGAGCUUCAACGCAUUUCAGACUUUGUAUCCAUGAAUAUCGAUGGGAAAUUAAAGAUGUUUGUCUUUUUAAUGAGAACAUUUCCAUCAAACCUCCACAGAUUUUGGACUGUGGCACAAUUUGAUCUGCCAGCAACAUGUGGUGGUACUUUGAACAUGAAGUGUCAAUGCCAAAAGAAUAAAGCAGAUAUGUAUGUUUCUAGAAAUGAAUGCACACGGACACUGGAAGAAACAUCAAAGACACCUGCUCUUUGUAGCAACUUUCUUGUAAAAUGCAAUCACCAUUAAAAUGUCAACAGAAGAACAGGGAAGAGUUACUUUCUGCUUGUGGAGUGAAAAAUAAAUCUACUUUAACGC